GGCGCGGGCACGCGGGCUUGGUACGGCGAGGGCAGAGGGACAGAAGAGGCGGGGCGGCGAUGUGGCGCCGGGCGCGGCCUGCGCCGGGCGGAAGGAAGCGGGAAGCGCCGGGCUCCAGGGCGCCUUUCCCCGCAGGAGCCCGAUGCCGCGGAGGAAGGCGGUGCCGGCGCUGCGCGGCCUCUGCCUGCGGAGCCUGGCCGGGCACAUGCAGAGCGUGUGGGUGAGGGACUACAGCGACCGCUACCUCGACGAGUACCAGUUCCGCUAUGUCAUGGGGCCCUUCAACGACCUGGCCGGCGGCUUGGUGCAGGAGCUCAUCGGGCUGCUGGGCGAGAGCCGGCGCCUGACGCGGGCGGCGCUCCACCUGCUCCUGGUGCCUCACCUGCAGGAGCUGAGCCUGCGCCCCUGCCCCGGCCUCGUCAGCAACGCCAUCGGCCAGCUCGUCGCCGUGCGCUGCAAGAGCCUGAGCUCUCUGGACCUGCACGGCUGCAGCCGGGUGUCGGCGGACGUGCUGGUGGACGUGCUGGAGGGACUGCCGCUGCUCUGCAAGCUGGGGCUGGCUGAGACGCAGGCCAACGUGCAGGUGCUCUCGGCCGUGGGCUCCUGCUGCCGGCGCCUGCGGGAGCUGGACGUGUCCCACUGCAAGAAGGUGUCCCCGCGCGCGCUGCUGCACCUGGCCUACGACCCGCUGGCGGGCGCCCUGUGCUGCCCCGCGCUCCGCGUCCUCCUGGCCCGCGGCCUCGAGGCGCCGGGGGGCUGCGACAUGGCCGCAGCUCUGGCCUUCGUGCUGCUGGCCCUGCCGCGCCUGGAGUUCCUGGCCCACAGCGCCGUGCCGGACGCCCUGCACCUCAUCCACACGCAGCAGCUCGGCGGCGCGGAGGCCGCCCCGGGCUUCCCCUCGCUGGAGGAGCUGGCGCGGCGGCGGCAAGGGCCCGCCGACCGGCCCUGGCUCACGCUGCCGCUGCGGCGGGUGGAGGAGGUGGGCGAGCCCUUCCUCACCGCGCUCUGCGCCGUGUGCCCGGACGUCGAGGAGGUCAACGCGUGGCUGGGCGACGCCGGCCCCGACGCCGGCUGGGACGGGCUGCGCUGGAGCCGCCUGGCACACCUCAGCCUCGCCUGUGCGGGGCAGCGGGGCUGGGCGCUGGGCCGGGCGCUGCCGCUGGUGCGGAGCCUGGGCCCGCGGCUGCACACCCUCGCCCUCCACGGCUUCUGCUACGAGGACGAGCUCUCCCUCGCCGAGCUGCUCGGCUGCUGCCCCUGCCUGCGGGCCUUCAGCACCGACCUGCACCCGCCGCCCGGGCCGCCGGGCGCCGGCCCCGCCGGGGACCCCCCCGGGGAGCCGCUCCGCUGGGACGCCGACCUGCUCCCCUGCGCCUUCCCCCAGCUCACGCGCUUCUCCCUGGCCCUGGCCGGCGCCUCCAGCCCCUUCCCGGCGCAGCACGGCCUGGUGCUGCGGGCCACGCUGGCCUCGCUGCUGUGCCGCUCGCCGCGCCUGCAGAGCCUGCGCCUGCUCUGCGUGCCCUUCCCGCUGGACGCCGUGUUCGAGGCGGUGCUGGCGGCCCCCGGGCCCCCCCUGCUCGAGCUGCGGGAGCUCUCGCUGGCCGAGAGCCAGGUGUCCAGCCAGACCGUGUGGCUGCUGCUGGCCACCGACGGCCACCUGCGCUCCCUGGACCUGUCCCGCUGCCGGGACAUCCACCGCCGGGACUACGACUGCUUCCUGCAGGCCGUGCGGAAGCAGCGGCUGGACCUGGACAUCACCUGGGAAUAGCCGCGCGUCGCCACGCUGCCACAGAGUCCGGGCUGGCUGCACAGAACGGUUUAAUAAAGGAGUUUGCACUG